AAUUCUGACUUCUACAACGUUGAAGAAGUUCUUGAGGGUCUUACUAUCCCAGAAGCAUCUAUGAAAUUUUAUAAAAGCGCUGCUGAUAAUGAACAUCCUGAAGCACAAUUAAGAUAUGGUUUUGGCCUCUAUAAUGGGCAAGGCGUCCAUGAGGACAAACAAAUGGCAAUGGUGUACUUUGAAAAAUCAGCCAAUAAUGGUAACGUUGUUUCUAUGUAUAAUUUAGGUGCUCUUCUUUAUAUAAAUGGGAGAGAUAAAGAGAAAGGAAAAGGUUUACUAAUUAAAGCGGCUAAACUUGGGUAUCAAAGUGCUAUUAAUUUCUGUAGUAAGCACAAAAUUAACUAUAUGAAAUAA